AUGGAGGAGAAAUUACUGAAUGAUAGACAGUUCUUGAAGAUUCAAGAGUUGAACUCACCAGAUGCGGAUAGAAGAUCCAUCACGGAACCCAAAAAGGUACCAGAACAAGAGGAGAAAAUCCUCGUGGAACCAUCAGAGAUUAAGAUCAAUGAUGAAAAUGUACAAAUAUCACCUAUCACUUCUGAAAAGGAUGAUUCUGUGUUUCUCAGUCAUGUGGGCGUACUUCAUGAUAAGGAAAAGACAAGAUAUAGAAGAGGUUCUGAAUCUUUCAUCUCCUAUUUUGACGACGUUGCAUUUGAACCAAGACCAAGUAUAUUGGAUGGAUCUAUUGAUGAACCAUUUAGGAGAAACUUCCAAGGCACCAUCUUGGAAAAGGAAAUGAAAAAAUUAGAGAAGGAGCAAAGAAAGUUGAAUCGUAAGGGGGUUCAUGUGGAAUUUAAACCACUGGAAACUUCUCAAUCAAUUGGUAAUUUUUCAGGAUUUUAUGUGGUUACUUGGAUGACUAUUGCAUUAACAUUUCUGAGAGUAGUGGUUGACUAUUAUUUGGAACAUGGAACUUUUACCGAUUCUAAGAUUUUACAAUUUAUGACUACUGAUUUAUUUACUACCGCCACUGUGGAUUUGUCAAUGUAUUUGGAUACCUACAUUAUUUUCCUCAUUCAAUAUUGUUGUAAGAAACGUUGGAUUAAAUGGCAUGGAUUGGGUUGGUAUUUGACUGCCAUUUUCGAAUUCACAUUUGUCAUCUUUUAUAUGUUUUUAACGGAACAUGUUUUGAAAUUACAUUGGGUCGCUAAGAUUUUCUUAUUCUUACACUCUUUGGUGUUAUUAAUGAAGAUGCAUUCAUUUGCAUUUUAUAACGGAUACCUAUGGUCUAUUUGGGAAGAAUUACAAUAUUCUAAAAAGGCAUUAUCACAAUUUAAAGAUGAAGAGGAAAAGACUCAAAAUGUAACCAUGAUUAAGACUUUGGAAAGAAGUAGUACCUUUUGUCAACAUGAAUUAAAUGUACAAUCUGAAAAGGAAAAAUUUCCAACAAAUAUCAAUUUAAAAAAUUUCUUCAUGUAUUCCAUGUUCCCUGUGUUAGUCUACCAAAUCGAAUACCCAAGAACAAAGAAAAUAAGAUGGAAUUAUGUCUUUCAAAAAGUUUGUGCCAUCUUUGGUACCAUUAUUCUUAUGAUGGUUGAUGCUGACGUCUUUAUGUAUCCAGUUGCCAUUGAAGGUUUGGCUCUACGUGACGCUCCCUGGAUCUCCCUUACACAUAGAUUUGGUCAAUUGGUCAGAUUAUUAAUUGAUAUGAUCCCUGGAUUCAUCGUUAUGUAUCUACUGACUUUCUACCUAAUUUGGGAAGCCAUCUUAAAUUGUAUCGCAGAACUAACAUGUUUUGGCGAUAGAUAUUUUUACGGUGACUGGUGGAACUGUGUUUCAUGGGGAGAUUUCUCUAGAAUUUGGAAUGUGCCAGUUCAUAACUUUUUGGUAAGACACGUUUAUCAUAGUUCCAUGAGUGCUCUUAAAUUAAAUAAAAUGCAAGCAUCAGUGAUGACAUUCUUAAUUAGUUCUGUCAUUCAUGAAUUAUCCAUGUAUGUGAUCUUUAAAAGAUUUAGGCUUUACAUCUUCAUGAUGCAAAUGUCUCAAAUUCCCUUAAUGGCUUUGAGUGAAACAAAAUAUCUAAAGGACAGAACCAUUCUUGGAAAUUUAAUCUUUUGGUUUGGAAUAUGUGUGGGACCAAGUUUGAUGUGCACAUUAUACUUGACCUUUUAG